GCCAUCGCCAUCGUUUUCCCUUCUCUUGGAAAGGCCCGUGCGGGCGGGAUUCUGAUCUUGCAGCGAUGUCGAAGAGAGGGCGUGGACUCCGUGGAGGGGCGGGAUUCUGAUCUUGAAAUUCCGCAUGUCACUGGGUGUCCCAGUGGGUGCGUUUGUUAACUGUGCGGAUAACACGGGAGCAAAGAAUCUCUAUGUCAUCUCCGUGAAGGGUGUGAAGGGUGGCUUGAAUCGACUGCCUGCGGCAGCGGUUGGCGGGAUGGUUAUGGCGACUGUGAAGAAGGGAAAGCCUGACCUGAGGAAGAAAGUGAUGCCUGCAGUUAUUGUGGGACAAAGGAAGCCGUGGAGGAGAAAGGACGGUGUCUUCAUGUACUUCGAAGAGAAUGCGGGAGUUAUUGUGAAUCCAAAGGGAGAAAUGAAGGGGUAGGCUAUAACAGGACCUAUCGGGAAGGAGUGCGCGGACUUGUGGCCCAGGAUUGCAAGUGCCGCGAACGCGAUAGCCUAGCCG